CGCUGGCGCUGCCCGCGCUGGGCGGGGCGGCCCCGCCGAGCCCUCCCGCCCCUCCCCCGCGGGGCCUCGGGCAGGCGCGCCUCGCGGCUCCGGCGCAGACUUUUACACAAACAUGCAUGUGGUGCGUUCUUAUUUGAGCUGAGGAUGAGGUGCUAGAGCUGCCGUGAACAGUAACUCUUCCUGCCCUGAUUCCACUUUCAGCCUCCUCAAUAAAAUAAUGUGUCAUCCUUGGGAUAUUGCAUUAAGAUGAGAGUAUUUCAAGCUCUUUUUUUGGAAGAGGUGAUAAAAGAAAAUGGAUAACUAUUCAGACUUCGAUACAAAGAAUCUCUCAUCUUCAGCUAAUAUGUCUGUUUCUUUGCCUGGACAGACUGGACUCAAUGCCACUGAUGGUACUCCUUCUAUGUCAAUAAGCAGGCUUUUCCCAGCCCUGUUAGAAUGCUUUGGAAUAAUCCUUUGUGGAUACAUAGCUGGAAGAGCCAACAUUAUCACAACAACUCAGGCCAAAGGACUGGGAAAUUUUGUAUCCCGUUUUGCACUCCCAGCUCUACUCUUCAAAAACAUGGUGGUACUUAACUUUUCUAGUGUGAACUGGUCCUUCCUGUACAGUAUUUUAAUUGCCAAAGCUGCUGUGUUUUUCUUGGUCUGUGUUUUAACAUUGUUGGUAGUCAGUCCUGAGAACAGAUUUAGCAAAGCAGGUUUGUUCCCUAUUUUUGCUACACAAAGCAAUGACUUUGCACUGGGAUAUCCAAUAGUUGAAGCUUUAUAUCAAACCACUUACCCAGAGUAUCUCCAGUACAUUUACCUAGUGGCUCCGAUAUCUCUUAUGAUGCUAAACCCUCUUGGAUUUAUCUUCUGUGAAAUCCAGAAGUGGAGGGAUAAUCGCAGCGUGUCACACAGCAAAAUCAAAGUAGUAGGCCUAGCACUCCUUCGAGUUUUGCAGAACCCAAUUGUAUUCAUGGUCUUCAUAGGAAUUGCCUCUAACUUUAUUCUUGGCCAGAAAAUUCCAGAAUACCUUGAAAGCUUCCUUGAUGGACUGGGCAGUUCAUUUUCUGGCUCUGCACUUUUUUACCUUGGACUAACUAUGGUGGGACAAACAAAAAAACUGACAAAGUCUAUGUUUGUUACACUGAUCCUACUCAUCACAGCUAAACUACUUUUAAUGCCAUUUCUCUGUAGAGAAAUGGUGGAACUCUUGGACAAGAGUGACAGCGCAAUCAACCACACCAGUUUAUCAAACUAUGCAUUUCUUUAUGGAGUUUUUCCAGCAGCACCUGGUGUCGCAAUAUUUGCAAGUCAAUUUAAUAUGGAAGUAGGAAUUAUUACCUCAGGCAUGGUGAUAAGCACUUUUGUGUCUGCACCUAUUAUGUAUGUUUCCGCAUGGCUGUUGACAAUUCCAUCUAUGGACCCCAACCCAUUGGCAUCUGCACUCCAAAAUGUUAGCUUUGAUAUAAGUAUUGUCAGCCUCAUUUCUCUGAUCUGGUCUCUUAGUGUUGUUCUUCUGAGUAAGAAAUACAAACAAUUUCCUCAUAUGAUUACAACAAAUCUACUUGUUGCUCAGUUUAUUGCUUGCAUUGGAAUGGUGGUGUGGAACUUCAUUGUUAAAGAGAAGGAUAUCACCAUGCAGAUCCUGGUAUUUAUAUUCCUCUACAGCUCACUUUAUAGCACCUACCUGUGGACAGGUUUUUUGUCUUUCUCUUUAUUUCUGUUGAGGAAACGAGAAACAGUUAAGAUUCCUAUUGGAUUUAUUAUCAUAGCUGGAUGGGGAAUCCCAACGCUUCUGGUAGGAAUCUUACUAAUUGUUGGUGAACGUAAUGGCAUUAUUAUUGACUCUGCCUUUUUCUAUGGAAAAUAUCAGAUCAUUACCACAGCAGUGAUCCUGUUCAUCAGUAUAUUGAUGUCGGGUAUCUCACUUACGUGCAUGAACAGGAAUAGGCAAGAGUCAAGGUAUGAGGUAUUAAACCCAUAUUCACCACGAAACCAAGUGGAGGUGGUUGAAGGGGAAGGGAAUGAGGGGAAUCGAGUUUCAGCCUCUGCGCCUCAGCCUUUUUCAGAACCUUCUGCAGAGCCUUCUCAGAGAUCUGUUGCACAGCCAUCAGCUGAAAGAGGUUGCUGUUCUUGUCAAGAAACAAAUGGUGAAUUAUCCUGUGCUAGAGAGAGCAAAGCAGUGUCAAAGACUGCUGAAAGCAAGGUUCCUCCAAUUGAGACAGCUGAUCAAUGCGUGAGUCAUUGCAGUGCUCAAACCUGCGUGCUGGCUCAGGAAGAGCAGCUUCUACAGACGGGAGACAAACAGCUGGCCAGACAUGUGCUGCUGUGCUUACUUCUUAUUGUUGGCCUGUUGGCUAACCUUUCCAGUUGCUUGUGGUGGCUAUUCAACCAGGAGCCUGGAAGGCUGUAUGUGGAACUGCAGUUCUUCUGUGCUGUGUUUAAUUUUGGUCAGGGCUUCAUUUCCUUUGGUAUUUUUGGCUUAGAUAAGCAUUUAAUCAUUCUGCCGUUCAAGCGAAGACUUGAAUUUCUCUGGGGAGGAAGAGAAGCAGCUGGGCAUACGGAUUCCUCUGUACCUGAGGAAAUCAGGAUGACCUGUCAACAGUUCGUUCGUUAUCAUAGAGAUCACUGUGUCAAAAGCAUUGUGAAAGGCAGAAGGUGUGGUGCGAAGAUCUCCACUGGCAUCUUCUUUGGCUGUGACCUGGUGAACUGGCUUAUGCAAGUUGGCCUUGCUUCUGACCGUGGUGAAGCUGUGAUGUAUGGAGACAGACUGAUGAAAGGAGGCGUCGUCCAGCAUAUUACAAAUGAAUUUGAAUUUCGGGAUGAAUAUUUGUAUUACCGCUUUAUUCCCAAGAGAUCAGUUGCAGUUGAGAACCCUUGACCUGAGCAUGCAGGCAGAGAACAGGCAGGCAGGUGUGAAUGUGAUCAUCCAUCUCCUCUGCCUUCACUAAUGAAACUGGAAGUAUUUCUUUCUCAGGGCUCUUGUAGGUUUGUGUUAUUCUCUCUUGUAAAGUUAAGAGAUGUGGUUCCACUUGUGUCUAUUCUGAUGGAAGUGGUAGCAAGUGAUAUUUAGUAAGCAUUCCAACCAGAAUGCAACUAAACCCAAGAUGCUCUGAAUUUAGAGCAUUUUUUCAAUUUUGAGAAAAACAAAUAGUAAAAUAAUACAUGUCACUGUGGUAUUAUAGAAGCAUUGUAACAGCGUCUUUAGUGACUGGUGCCACAAUGAAAAAAAAAAACAUGAGUGAGAGGUAUUUUUCAUGCUGCUGUACGUUUGCCAUAUUUUAGUGUGAUGAAAUACUGAUUCCUUUUUACAGUCAGGCUUCUCCCUGACUUCAUAGGAUUAGGAUUUCUUCUGUCAUGCUUCAGUUUUUACUACUUAUUCGUGUCCAACACAGGAACUUUUUCUAGCUGUUUACACCUCAGAUCAGGUGGUUUGUUUCUCCCUUCAAGAUAAAACCCUCCAUUUAUAAAAAUAGAAUUGUUGUCAAGAUGAUAUCUAUGUUGGAGGGUUAAAGCUGAGGAAAUAUUGAUUGUUUUGUACAAACUUAAAUAAUGGUUUUGUACAAACUUAACAAAUCUUGAAAACAUAUAAAAAUACCCAGUGCUUCCUCACAUUAGGAAAUUGUAUAAUGUUCAGCCUGGUAAAGAGAAGGCUCUGGGGAGACCUUAUAGCGGUCUUCCAGUACCUGAAGGGUGCUUACAAGAAAGCUGGGCUGGGGGAGGGGGGAAAGGCUUUUUACAAGGAUGAGAGGAAAUGGCUUUAAAUUGGAAGAAUGAAGAUUUAGAUUAGACAUUAGGAAGAAAUUAUUCACGAUGAGGGCGGUGAGGCACUGGCAAGGGUUGCCCAGAGAAGUUGUGGAUGUUCUCUCUCUGGAAGUGUUCUAGGGCAGGUUGGGUGGAGCCUUGAGCAGCCUGGUGUGGUGGGAGGUGUCCCUGCCCAUGGCAGGGGGUUUGGAAGUGGAUGAUCUUUAAGGUCGCUUCCAACCCAAACCAUCUUAUGGUUCUAUAAACAAUAGGUUCUGAAGUUUUGCCUUAUGGUAGUAGUAACAGUUUUCUCAAGAGCAGGUUUUUUACCUUCCACGAUUAGCCUUUCCAGUUUAAUUCAGAAGUGCCAGUCUCAAAUAAAGAUGUUAUGGAAGUCUUGGAUACCUGUGCAAAUCCAGAUGAAAAGUUUUAUCAUAUCAUCAAACCUUUUAAAUUAAGUACAAUGGCUUUUAAAUCUAUGAUAUAAAGAACCUAACUGAACAUCCAAGUUAGGCUUUAGAGUAAACUAAAGAUACUAAAAUUUUAGUAUUAAUUGCCUGACACAGGCUUCUAAUAAGUCUCAGGUAUCCUCUUACAGUUUUUAAGUAGUUAUGCCAGUGUCAUUCCAAUUCCUGUGCCCUGAAGGCAGAAUGUGAGACUGUCUGCUGUAGUAUUUUGAAAAUGUUAAAGACGAUUAUCCAAUAGCCAUUAUGCUUCCCUUUUAAAUCUGCAAGAACAGCAUUUAUGUCUGUAUAAAAAAAAUUAUAUGGUGAGGGAAAGGAACCCAAAUAUUAAAAAAAUUAUUUGUUCAAGUAUACAAAUAACUCUUUUUGUCUUUUUUUUAAAAAGUCUUUCCCUUCUUUUUCCUUUUUUUUUUUUUUAGUACACACAUUUUUGUUACAGCUACUCGUGCAUCUACAUGGUAUUGAGAAUUAAAAGUGAUUUUAGCAUCAUAAGCCACUGUUAAAAAAACAGUUGUUUUGCGGUAGCUAUAACUCCAUGCAAGACUCAUACUGGAAAAAUAAUUCCUUUUACUUAUUGUCAAUCUUAUUGCACGUCUGCAGUGUGCACAGAAACAUAACCACAUCCUACUGAAUGUGUAUGCUAUACAAACUGAUAUAUUUUAAUGUUUUCCAGUAACAAAAUAAUUGACAUUUAUAUCAGGCUGUGGCCAGAAAGGAAAAAAUGUUCUAUUUCCAUUGCAACUGCUGAAGACUGCUGCAUCAAAUAUCUUGGAAUAAUUACAUGUACGUGACUUAAGAGCAGAAGCCGUGAGUAUGCCUGGCUUCUGAGUACUGUAACGUGUCAAUAAAUCUGUUACUUGAUUUUGGAGUUCUGAGCUUUGAUGUGAUGUGAGGUGUGGGAUGGUUAUGUGUGCCUGUUAAGAUUAAUGCAAAAUGUGUUUUUCUGAGAGAUUUAUUAAAGUGGCUUUUGAGUUUCAAACUUGGUAUUUCUUAAGU